AUGCUAGAACAAUGGACUGUUAAUCGAACUGGAAUUUUCAAGCAGACACUUUCUGCUUCAAAAGUCAGAUUCGCAGCCACCUUCACAAGAAACAAGCCACACGUCAACAUAGGUACAAUUGGCCAUGUUGACCAUGGUAAGACAACCUUGACCGCUGCAAUUACGAAGAUUCUUUCGGAAAAAGGUGAUGCUAAGUUCUUGGACUACUCGUCGAUCGAUAAGGCCCCAGAAGAAAAAGCAAGAGGUAUCACUAUUUCCACUGCCCAUGUUGAAUACGAAACUGAUAAGAGACAUUACUCGCAUGUGGACUGCCCGGGCCAUCAGGAUUACAUCAAGAACAUGAUUACAGGUGCUGCUCAGAUGGAUGGUGCAAUUAUUGUUGUUGCUGCUACUGAUGGAUCGAUGCCUCAAACCAGAGAGCACUUACUUUUGGCCAGACAAGUUGGUGUUCAGAAGGUUGUGGUUUAUGUCAACAAGGUCGAUCAGGUUGAUGACAAGGAAAUGCUUGAAUUGGUUGAAAUGGAGAUGCGUGACCUAUUGACCGAGUACGGUUUUGACGGUGAGCACACUCCUGUUAUCUUUGGAUCAGCCCUAAUGGCUUUGCAAGGCAAGGAGGACAAGAUCGGAAAGGAAUCUGUUUUGAAACUGUUGGAUGCCAUCGACUCGUGGAUCCCAACUCCAAAGAGAGACUUGGAAAAGCCAUUUAUGAUGCCAAUAGACGAGGUUUUCUCUAUUUCCGGUAGAGGUACCGUCGUUUCUGGUACUGUUGAAAGGGGUAUCUUGAAGCCAGGUCAGGAAAUUGAGGUCCUGGGAGGAAAAGAGAAGCCUCUAAAGACCACCGUCACUUCUAUUGAGAUGUAUCACAAGUCUUUGGGUGAGGCUGAAGCUGGUGACACUCCAGGUAUUUUGCUGAGAGGUGUGAAGAAGGAUCAGGUCACCAGAGGUAUGGUUUUGGCCGAGCCAGGUAGCUGCAAGGCCUACCAGAAGUGCUUGGCAUCCAUCUACAUCUUGACUAAGGAAGAGGGAGGAAGACACACACCAUUUGGCGAGAACUACAGGCCUCAGAUGUACUUGAGGACUUCCAAUGUGAACGUUACUUUGAAGUUCCCAAGCACCGAAAAGGACCACUCGAAGCAGGUCAUGCCAGGAGACAAUGUUGAGAUGGUUCUCGAGUUGUUGUAUCCAAUUGUCAUGGAGCAUGGUCAGAGAUUCAACUUGAGAGAGUCCGGAAAAACCGUCGGUACUGGUAUGAUCACCAGGGUUUAUGAAAAAUAA